AAGGAGCAAGAACUAUUUUUUAUUUAAUUGGAAAAAAAUGUAAUUGGAAGAAAUUAACCGAAAGUCUCCUUACCACCCCCCUUUUUAGGAUUCAAGAUGACCAACGAAGAACCUCUUCCCAAAAAGGUUCGUCUGAGUGAAACAGACUUCAAAGUAAUGGCACGGGAUGAGUUAAUUCUAAGAUGGAAACAAUAUGAAGCAUAUGUUCAAGCUUUGGAGGGAAAAUACACAGAUCUGAACUCAAAUGACGUGACUGGCUUAAGAGAAUCUGAAGAAAAACUAAAACAGCAACAGCAGGAGUCUGCACGCAGGGAGAACAUCCUUGUCAUGAGACUCGCAACCAAGGAACAAGAAAUGCAAGAGUGUACUACUCAAAUCCAGUACCUCAAGCAAGUCCAGCAGCCCAGUGUUGCUCAACUGAGAUCAACAAUGGUAGACCCAGCGAUCAACUUGUUUUUCCUAAAAAUGAAAGGUGAACUGGAACAGACUAAAGACAAACUGGAACAAGCCCAAAAUGAACUGAGUGCCUGGAAGUUUACGCCUGAUAGAGGCCUGAGGUCGUCGGACUAUUCCGAAGAAGAGGCCACCUCCGAAAAAUGCCCCUUCUAGAGCAUGUAGACACUUGAGAAUGUUUCUGUUGAAGAAAAUAGAGGGAGAAACAGAAGUCUUAAGUCUGUGGCACGCUGUGUCUUCAGACAUUUUGGAGGAUUGAAAACCUAGAGAUUUUAAAUCAUGAAUUGAACAUGUAAAAUUUCAGUAAAAUGUAAAACGGAAUAUGCAUCGCUCUUAACCUUGAGCAUAGUGACUUAGAGACACUGUGCAUCAGUUAUGCCAAUAAGACUGUGGACUUCAUGCCUGUCGAACUACUGGGUCAAAACUCAAGGUGCAUUGCCUUUAAAUGGUUUCCAUGCUAAGAACCAACUUUUACUAGUCAUGAGACAAUCAAAUAAUAGUUACCAGUAAAAGUAGCGCAAAUAUUUAACCAAUUAGCUUUGAGCUCUAUGUUUACAUAAUAGAGCCUUAAAUCUAUAUGGUUUUUAUCAAUGGUUUGUUCUUUGAAUGGUUGUGGAAACUGUAGAUAAUUUCAACUGAGGAAUGUACAAACAUCAAGGUGUGGUCUCAAACUUCAGCUUUAAACUGUUUGAAGCAUUAUAAACAUUCAUUUCACAAAUAGUUUGUAUAAGGAUAUUGACUGUGAUGAGACUCAUACGUUAUUUUUUUCCAGUAAACUCUCAUCUCAUUAGUAGGCACAUGUUAAAUAGUGUUGUCAUUGGUGUUAAAUGGGGGAAUGUGUUCCUUCAUUGUAUUGGGCCUUUUGUAUUGCACUCUUGAUAUUAAAUUAAAUGUGCCUUGAAAUAGUUGGUUUUUUUUUUUUAAGUUCAAGGAUUACUCUGAUAAUUUUAUUGUACUCUUAAUAUUUUAAUUUGGGGGGGACUAUGGAGAGCAGAUCAACAUUUUGGAAAAAUUGUUCUGUGCUCUUCAAAGUGAAGGAAAAGGCUGUCUUGUUUAAAAAGGCUUUAUUCCAGCUGGUGUAAAAGACAAGGAGACUUGACAUUUGGUCCCAGGAUAUUGCAGUAGAACUUAAUGUGGGACAGUCUCCCAAGGUUCCUGCCAGAAGAUGGGGAAGUAAUGUGACCUGUGGGCUGGCCUAAGUGAGAUACGGUGAAGUGAAAAGGGCAGAGUGGUCAUGUCUAGCAGGCCAUUGGCUCAUUUAGAUGAAUGAGGCAUUAUUUUCUUCAUGCUUCCAUCCAAUCCUGGAGCUGAAUUUUUUUCAUCAGAUCAUUCUAUUAAGUCACCAAUCUGAGUUUUCGCUUGGUGACAAUGGAGUCUGAGAUGAGUAGAAGAUAAUGUUCCAGUCUGUCCCAGCGUUAAGUGGUUUUAACAAGGGUGACUUAAGUUCUCUCUUAAACGUUCAAUCAAUUGUAAGUAUCUUGUAUGUUUGUGCUUUAGGGAACUGAUUGUGGGGCAGAGGGUGGGCUGAAGGAGGGAUUUUUGUGACUUUUCAGGAACAAGUCUACUUCUAAAAUUCUCACUGGGCAGGUUUGGAGGGUAAGUAAAUCUGUUUAAAAGUAGUUUAUUGUGACCAAAUUAAUUCAUUUGUAUUUAUGCAUUUUUAAGAUCAUGGUAGAAAUAGACUUAAAUCUUUUUAGUAGGUUAAAUAGUAAUUCAUAAAAUGUAUUACUGACAUGGUACUCAAAUUUAGCCAGUGUCUUUCCUUGUUUUAGUAAUAGUAACUUUGAGGCCUGUGGGCUUUUUCUCUUGUUGUUAAACUUUUCUCUUAAUAAUACAUGUUCAUGUGUACAAUUGAAAUACUUAAGAAA